GCUGGGUGGACGUCUGCACGUUCGCUCGCCGAGUGUUGAAUGACAGUGACUAAAGUGCUGUGGAGAAACUAAACGGAUUAUUAUAUUGUUCUUUUUUUUAUUGUGUUUAUGUGGACGGAUUUUUUUUUUUACAUUUGGAUUGCAUUUUGGAUGUGGUGAGUGUUAUUUUUUCUGAAUUGAGUCGCGGAUUUCCUGUGUGGUGUUACAGGUUAUGUUUACAUGCUGAAACUGUGAUAUGCGUCGUGAUAAUUGUUGAUAUACACCUCCUUAAAUACGGAUCAACAGCAGGACGAGUCCAACCAAAUGUGUUCAAAUCAAAUAUUGCCUUCCGUAGAGUAUACGUCUAUUAGCUAGCCAAGUAAUGGCGCGAAGUAAUUAAUCUUGGUCAACGAAUGAUUGCCCGAGAACCGCACUAGAUUAACAGCGUGUGCGCGGCUGUGGGGUGUGUAGGUGCGGGGGUGCGGCGCGCCGCCUCUAUGCCGCAUCGACGCAGGUUCGACAUACACCGGGACGUCGCCAGGUCGCUGUUGAAGGGAAGCGGAGAGCUGGGAGUGAGGUAACCUGGCAGAAGGAAGAGACAAGCUCAAGCCUACGACAAUACAAUACCGUCAUGUGUUCCGAAACUAAGUACCUAAGUGUCACAUAGUAUAUUAUGUACAUCGAAUAAUGUACGAUCCGUCCAAACACUGCCAAACUUUAAAAACGAAUUUAUUAGUGUAUACUGUGUAUAGUUUUACGUGUUCGCGAGUGUAGUGACUUGUGUUAAACUGUUGGGCCAGCAGCGCCAUCUGGCGUGGUCAAGGCACGGCACGGUGGCGGGGACGCAUGCGCCGACGGGGCCGGCGUUGGCGAUGCCAUUUAUUGAAGACGAAUGGUGGACAGCGGACAAUGAGGGCAGGAUGGUCGAUCUCUCCAAUUGCCUUCAGGACGCGGUAGCCGCGAGUGGUCAAGCAGCAACCCAAUUCCAGCUACAAAUGGCGACUUCCCUCGGUGAACUGUCGCAGGCGGAGCUGUCCAACUUCGUGGGCGGGCUUACUCUAGAAGCAGAUGGCUCAGAGGCCGCCGACCCCGACGAUAUAUUGAAGCAAUUAGGAGAAACCGCAUUUGAUAAUUUUGAUACGUUUUUCACCGAUUUGACGAAUUCUACAGCGUCUGGAAUGCCGCAUGUUGAAAUUAAGCAAGAAGAAAACAACAACAUAUCGCCAACGUCCGGGAGUCAGUUACAGAACUCUUAUUACCAACAAAGUCAACUCGCUUUGCCAAAUAAUGGCCAACAGCGGUUGCAGCAGCUACUGCGAUCUGGCUCAAAUGCCAUUAACCACGCGGUUGCAAAUAACAUAAACAACGGAAGAUAUAACAUAGCUUCUGCGAACCCCUUGCUCGCUGAGAAACUAGCAGCGACAUCUAGUGGUAUAAAGCAAGAACCUAUGAGCUCGGAUUAUAAUGGAACGAGUAUGAACUACGGGAAUGCAUCGCCUAUGCAGCGGGUGCCGAGUGGGAAGCCGCAAGUUCACGACGCUGGCGGAGGUAAAGUGGACGGCGAGCCAACGGCGCUGACGCUGGGCGCGCGAGGCUCUCUGAGUAGGGCGUUGCUGCACGGACUGCUGGCGCCAACGCCAGCGCCCCGGCACCACCUCUACACGGCACCUAACACGGGUUCCCUCCCCCCGUCUCCCGCGGACAGCGGCGUGUCGGAUGUGGAGUCCUCAUCCUCGGGGGCGGGUUCUGCCGAGGAGCUGAAGGCAAGGCUGCAGCCGCCCCCGCCCGCGCCCUUCCACACGCCCUUCCUGCCCUUCUACCAGCAGCACCAGAUCGCCAGCUCAUUGCAGCACCACGUGGCUACCCACCCCAGGCCGCCUGUGAGCGCGGCGGAGCGCGACGCGUACGGGUACGGCUACGGCGGCGGGGGCGGCGCGCACCACUUCGCUGCGCCCGCGCCGCCGCCGCUGCCGCACGACGACCUGCCCUACUCCGUGUUCGACUUCGGCGACUACCAGCGCCACCAGUACCACAACAAGCUCAAGCCCAAGAAGAGGCCCCGCGCCGACGGGCCGCCCGCGCCCGGCGUCAAGCGCAAGAGCCGCGAGGGCUCCACCACCUACCUGUGGGAGUUCCUGCUCAAGCUGCUGCAGGACCGCGAGUACUGCCCGCGGUACAUCAAGUGGACGAACCGCGAGAAGGGCGUGUUCAAGCUCGUGGACUCCAAGGCCGUGUCGCGGCUGUGGGGGCUGCACAAGAACAAGCCCGACAUGAACUACGAGACCAUGGGGCGCGCGCUGCGCUACUACUACCAGCGCGGCAUCCUGGCCAAGGUGGACGGCCAGCGGCUGGUGUACCAGUUCGUGGACGUGCCCAAGGACAUCGUCGAGAUCGACUGCUCGCUCGCGUAGGCGGCCGCAUCUCCGAGUGCGAGCGUGACUUGAAGUUCGGGACUUUAAUACGUAACUGUUUGUAUUCGUAGAAAUCGUUAUUCGUUUCGCUCUUUCAUACAUUUUUUCACUAACUAUAUAAUAUUAUAUUUACUUAAAAACCUUAAAUGAAUAGUAAAUUCGUCUAUUUUUCAAAUCAUCAUGCAUUAUUACGUUUUUCCGUAUCGCUUCUGAUAAAUCUGAUAAUGAAUGAUCGAUAUUAAGAUAAAUUAUAUUAUUAUUAUUCUCAAAUUGUAUUGAACUAAUAGUUAUAAUGUUCAUUAUCAUUGAAUUGAAAUAUUUAUACAAAAUAGGAGAGACGAAAUUGAUUGCUCAAAUGUUUAUAUAUAAUACCUAUUUUUAGGGGAAUUUCAGAAAGGAACACUAAAAUUUGCUAGAUGUUAUAUGAUAUGGAUAUGGAGUGGUUUUUGUAUAAUGUUAAAACGAAUUUUUAAAAGUUUGUAAUAUUUCUACAUAGUAUAUUAUAUGCAAGUAUCUGCGCGCCCCGCGGCGUUACUUGGACUCCACUGAUCAGAACUUCCUACCUCAAAACUACGCAAAACUAAUAUUACAUAUUAUGAAUAUACAAUUUAUUCGAAAGAACAGUUUUUACAAUACGCAAUAAGUAAUAUUAUAGUCUUAAUAAGAGUUUAUAUUAUAAAAGAAAUAUUUACGUAAAAAAAUGUUUAUAUCGUAAUUACAAAAAUAUCGUAUAAUUGCCCUCAGACAAAAUAUAUAUUAUAACCUCUUUGGUGCUUUUGAUGGCCAUUGCAUAUUUACACCUUGUUAAACAAUCGACCUCAAUUAUAUAUUAUAGUAUAUAUAUAUCUAUAUAUUAUAUUUCAAUUUAUCUUAUACCAAUUCUCUAACCAUGUGUCGUUCCUUUGUUAUGACCGAGCUUCAGACCUCGAGGGGGAUCUGACAACCUGAAAAUAUCUUUGCGGAAUUUUUUCUCUUUGAUUUUCAGUAGAUAAAUUAUACUAGAAAUGGCAACCGUGCCCUAUUGUUAAGUACAAGUUAGUUGAAAUUUAUUACAUAUAGAGUCCCUCACGAGGCCCUGAAGGAGGUCGUCUGAAAUCUUGUGUUUUCAAAGUUUUCUUUACUCGUCUUCGAUUGAAACCGAAUUUCAAUUGAUAUUAUUAAGGUUCUUUGUUUGUGGAAUUUCCGUGAUUCUGCUAGAGUACUGAAACCAACUGCCAACUUUCUGUUAGAGAGCUAAAUAAUAGUUUAAGGUAUGAACUUUUGUGCGUUAAUUGUGUUAAUUAUUACAAAUAGAUGUUUACUAUAAGUGAGCUGUUUUAAGUGAACAUGUUCUAGUUUAUUUCGUUUAUUUAAAUUUACUAUAAGCCUGUUGGGGGGCCUCGCGCACUAUUCUUUCACAUAUCAAACCAUACCGUUCGCGAGCCCGCAUCCUAAUUUAUCAGCAUAUCAGUACAUAUACUAAAAACAAAUACUAAUAAUUAUAAAACAAUCUAUUGUGAUAUAUACUUUUGCCUAACGCAGCGCGAGGCCCCUAUUUUUUGUUACCUGAGUAAAUAUUAUUAAUUAAUUACGAUUUGUGGUCCAAUGUUAAUGAAUCAUAAUACUUUUAACUAGAUAGUCGUUAAAAGGAUCAGGUUAAGCCGUAGCCUAGUUUACGUUGAGUUUACAAUAAUACAACUAAGUAUAUAAUAUCAUACAAUGCAAAGAGAAACAGAUGCUUUUGUAUAUUUAUACAUUAUACAGAUAUUUAGCGGCGGACAACUUUACUCUCCCGAUUCCAUCAAAUUGUUAAUUAUUAUAAAAUCUGCGUGGAUCAGUUUGACAUCAACUAUUGUAUCAUAAAUAUAUUAAAUUGUUUCGCGAUGUAUAUAUAAAAGUAUCCGAUGCUGAUUUUAUUGAUGAGAGUCCAUUAAACAUUUGUUUUAGAAACACAGUUAAUUACCUAAAACAAUUAUUUUAUACUUGUUUAUGAAACAUUUGUUUACUAUUUAAAACGUGACUGCUUAAAUACUAGUUAAUAUUAUAAAGAAAUAGAAGAUGUCUGCCGCUAUUUUGUUAUGAGAUUUCUAUACGAGUCCGUAAUGAAAGGAGUUGUUAGUUAAGAGGGGUGUGUCCAAUAUAUUGAUACAACGAAAUGCGCAGCCCGCGCACAAUAUUGAGAGCUACAAUAAUUCCCGAAUGUUAUGCAAUAUUUUUAUAUUGAAAUCGAAGUAGCUAUAUAAAUUAUUUAGCGAGUAAGAGACUAUAGUGUGUUACAUGAGUGCGGCGGGCUACGCACUUCGCUCAACUUGAAAGGGUUAGUGAAGCCUUAAGUGAAUCGAAAUGUCGAGAAAAUGGGUGCUAAGUGUGGGACCGGCUGGAUAGCGCUCUAAAGUAACGUAGAUCCGACCGAACACGGGAUAGGUAACGUAUAGUGACAGUACAGUAGACACAGAAUUCAUCCCAGUGCGCCAGUGCACGGCAGCAAACGAUCUCAGUGUCCAAACUUCUUCGAACAAAUCCAGUGCCCGUUUCAUGUGAUUUAAAGUAAUACAUAUGAAUAUAAAGUGGAAUUUUAAUCGUAUUUUUAUAUAGUUAGGAAAAUUCUCAAAAAGAACUUUCUUUUUAAAUCAUUUUUUUUUUCUUGCUUCUGUAAAUAUAACUAUAGGUUUUAACUUAUUUAUUUCGUCUUGUAUCUCACGAUCGCUGGAUCCGCGCAUCGGGCAAUUAGGGAAAAAGUUAAAUUAAAAAAUUUGAUUCUAAUAUGUCUAAUCUAGUUAAAUUAUUGAUAUCGCGCACGUUCGUAACUCGCGGUUAUUCGUUAGGUUACAUUUUGUAUAUGUAUACAGUAUAUACCAGAUUUCAGUUACAAAAUACGUUCAUUUGAUAAAAAGAUGAAUGAUUCAUAAACACGUAGAUGUUUAUCCGCAUUGUUGUUGUCAGCAGUAUCUACGUGAUUUACUUACAUACGACAUAUUUGGAACUGAAAGAUUUGUGUACGAGUGAAUACGUGGUCUAUACCUAUAUUUAUUUAAUUUUGUGUAGUAGAGUCACUUGUGCGGAUCUCGCGAGUAAUAUUUUCCUUUUCUGGGAAACUUUGUUCUAUAGGCUACAAAUUUUAUUGUAAUAUACAUAAUUAUAAUGGAUAAGAGUAAUGGUAGUAAUGAAUGGACCACGUGACGGCAGGAGAGCUCUCGGAAUUUAUAAUUCGGCUAGUGUGUGUGAAAAGAUUAUGAGUUACCGGUUAGUAGGCAAAAUGUUUGAGCAAACAUUUAAAAAGUAGCUCGAAAAUUAAAAAAAUAUUUUAGUCGAAUUGAUGUUGUUAUAAAAAAAAUCAAAGUUUCUAUAAAUUAAAUAAUGUACUUAAAUUUUCAAUGUAAAUUUUACCAGCACCUCGUGGGAAUUAUUGUUAAAAAAUUAUUUUAAUUGAGCCUAGUCUUAGUAUCAUAAAAUUCGUUUAAAUUUAAAAAUUUAAAUCGUUAGUUAUGUCUAUGGUAAACUAUGGCGCUGUUUUAUUUUUAGGCUUAAAAUGGCCAGAAUCAGAGCCAAACAAUUAUUUAUAUGUCCACCACAAGAAGACCGCGUUCUUGUCUCUGAGCAUACCUACUAUUCGACGCUUACUACCUAAUGUCGAAUGAGUGAGCUCACUCGUUUGGGUGGACAAAUUUCACCUAAGUGACUUUGAGACAAGGGCGUAUCUGACGAUUUAGAUCUUUGUUUAAAUUAUUUCGGGCGUGACAUCUAAUGCCGAUUGUGUAAUGCACGAAAAAUUGUAAAUACAAUGUUAAAAUAAUCCAAACGCAUACCCUCGCGGCCCAUGAACGAAUGGCGUCUAGAAACUAGAUAGGUGAAAUAUGAAAAUAUUUUGCUUGAAGCAAUGAGAAGGUUAGUGAAUUUGGUAUUAGGGGGAGGGAGGUGUCCGCUGACGAAACACGUUUUGUGUAUUUCAAUGUAUUCUUAUUCACUAGUUAAUGUCCAUUAAUUCGAUACGUAAUUGGUGAAAGCGUGUGGAUUGUUUUAUUUUGCAUGUCGUUUUAGGAGAUAAAUUAUAAAAAAAAAUUGUCCGGCUUCUCUACGGUAAUUUCUUUGGUAGAAAAUUGACAACCUUUUUAAUUCUGAGAGACGUUAUGUGCGUUAGUGAUGUUUUAUUACAGUUGCUUUUAGAUUUAUUCAGAUAAAGUCCGAUAAUUUUAAUUUUAAUCUUAGUUGAUUAAUUUAACAAAAUACUGUAUUUUCUGCCCCCUAGUUAAGUUAUUUUUCUAUGUAUAGCUAGUUGUAAGUGUAAAUGAUUUAGCAUAUAAAUUUGAUGCAUGAUGAUAAUGUUAAUAAAAUAUCCACAA